AUAUUCGCAAAAAGAUGGUUAUUUCCCGGUCUUUAGCACUCGUGCAGAAACGCGUUUUCUUGUGCAAUAUUUGGCAUCGUUUCAGCUGUUCGGAAUCUGAAAAGUAUAGAGAUUUCAUAACACAACGCAGAAUGGAAGCGCGCGCGAUUGCCCGUCCCGAUCCGGUGAUGAAGAAAAUUGAUAGCCCCGAGUUUCACUCCAUCUUCACGCAGGAGCUAAAAGAUUUAGUCGCUCUGUUCGAUCGUUACAAUUAUGAAAUUCGGAUAGCUGGAGGGGCGGUAAGGGACAUAUUGAUGAACAUAAAUCCAAAGGAUGUAGACAUUGCCACCACUGCAACACCAUCGCAAAUGAAGGAAAUUUUUUCAAAGGAAAACAUUCGGAUGGUGAAUAUGAACGGAGAGAAACAUGGCACCAUCACGCCUCGAAUUAACGAUAAAGAGAGCUUCGAGAUAACCACAUUGCGCUUGGAUGUCGUUACCGAUGGACGGCAUGCCGAGGUGGUUCACACGACCGAUUGGCUAUUGGAUGCCAACCGAAGAGAUCUAACGAUUAAUUCUAUGUUCCUUGGUUUCGAUGGUACCCUGUAUGAUUACUUUUACGGAUAUGAGGAUCUUCAGCGACGGCACGUCGCCUUCGUCGGUGAUCCCGAUAAGCGUAUCAAAGAGGACUUUCUGCGCAUUUUACGUUACUUCCGCUUCUAUGGGCGGAUUGCGGAGGAAGCAAAUCGUCACGAUGAUGAAACACUACGCAUCAUCGCGAACAACGCCGACGGACUCGCUAGAAUCAGUGGUGAACGGAUUUGGCAAGAGUGGAAGAAGAUACUUACCGGUAAUUUCGGUACUGAGCUAACCGUCUCAAUGAUCAAAUGUGGACUGGCACCGCACUGUGGACUGCCAGAAUCGCCUAACGUAGAACAAUUUGUGCGUGUUUCUGGAAGAGUACGCCGCUUCAAUGGAAAAAUGCAACCAAUGACCGUUGCUUCAGCACUGCUGCACACACCCGAAGACGCCGUUCAGCUGAACAGUCGACUAAGACUCACCGUGUUUGAGCGAGAGUUGUCCUACUUUAUUACACAGAACCGGGACGAAGCUGCUACGAUAGAGGACAUACAGCCCUUCCAACAACUUUGCCUAAAAUCGGUCGGGAAUGCUAAGCUAAGGAAAGAGUACGUGCUUGAGUUGCUGAAAUACCUCGGUAAGCCAGCACUGUACCAGCAGCUUCUGGAGUGGCCGUUACCGGUGUUUCCUGUGAAAGGAAACGUUCUCAUAGCACAUGGCGCACCAAAAGGUCCAAAACUUGGGCUUGUAAUGGAUCGAUUGAAAGUCAUAUGGUCCAACAAUCUUUACAGCAUGUCGGAAGAGGAAAUACUGAAGCAUCUCCCGACUGUGCUUGAUGAGUUAAACACGAAAAAGAAAUAA